AUGUUUGCUCGAUGUAUUACAAGAAGUGGAUAUGCGGGUUUCUUUCUAAGAAAACAAAUUCGGCAGAAGUCAGGACAGAUUAAGACAUCUAAGGUGAUUGGAAUUGAUCUUGGGACUACCAAUUCUGCAGUGGCGGUUGUGGAAGGAGACAAACCUAAAAUUUUGGAGAACCAAAAUGGAGACCGUACGACUCCUUCAAUCGUAGCGUUCACGAAAGAUGGCGACGUUUUGGUUGGCAAUCCGGCAAAAAGACAGAGUGUCGUGAACCAUACGAAUACUUUCUACGCCACAAAGCGACUUAUAGGACGAAAAUAUCACGACAAGGAAGUGCAAAAGGACAUAGGUAAGAUUCCUUACAAGAUUUGUGAACACCGAAACGGUGACGCCUGGCUGCAAACCUCGAUAGGUGGAGGACAGGCUUAUUCACCAUCUCAGAUAAGCGGUUUUGUUCUAAGAGAAAUGAAGAAGAUAGCAGAGCAUCAUCUGGAAGCUGAAGUGAAUAACUCGGUGAUCACGGUUCCCGCAUAUUUUAAUGAUGCACAACGUCAAGCGACGAAAGCAGCUGGCGAACUUGUUGGGCUCAAUGUCAUCAGAGUUAUAAAUGAGCCAACUGCGGCUUCUCUGGCAUACGGUAUUGGAACCAAAGGCAAGAACGAUGGUAUCGUGGCCGUUUAUGAUCUUGGGGGAGGUACAUUCGAUAUUUCGAUUCUUGAUAUUGAAGAUGGCGUUUUUGAAGUACGAUCUACAAAUGGAGACACUCAUUUAGGUGGGGAAGAUGUUGAUAACAUAUUAGUUGAGUUCAUUUUAAGUCAAUUUAAGGAGCAGUCGGGUAUUGAUUUGGCGAAAGACAAAACUGCGAUUCAGAGAAUCAGACAGGCAUGUGAGAAAGCAAAGAUUGACUUAUCUCAUUCCCAGAAGACUGUUAUUGAGUUGCCGUUCAUUACAUCAACUGAGAGUAUAUCAAUCACUCUCACCGAAAAGGAACUUGAUAACAUGUGCGAAGAACUGAUCGAAAAAACAAUGGCUCAAGUUCGCAAGGCAUUGAAAGACGCAGAUCUCAAACCAGCAGAUAUUAAUGACGUGAUUCUUGUUGGAGGUAUGACUCGGAUGCCUAAAAUCAGAUCGGAGGUGGCACAGUUUUUUGGUAAGAAGCCGAGCACCAAGAUAAACCCAGAUGAGGCAGUUGCCUUGGGUGCUGCUAUUCAAGGGGCGGUUUUGUCUGGAGAAGUUGAAAACGUUCUUCUUCUUGAUGUCACCCCUCUCACUUUGGGUAUAGAGACUUAUGGAGGCAUGUUCUCUCCCCUUUUGCCAAGAAAUACGUCUAUUCCCUGCAGGGUGACUCAAUUAUACUCGACUGCAAUUGAUGGUCAGAGUGCUAUGGACAUCAACGUUUAUCAAGGUGAAAGGCCUCUUGUUCAAGACAAUACACUUAUAGGAAACUUCAAGUUAACGGAUAUCCCACCAAUGCCAAAGGGGACUCCACAGAUCGAGGUGAUGUUUGACAUAGAUGCAGACGGUAUAAUCAAAGUCACUGCAAAGGACAAGAACAGCGGUAAGAAGUCAUCCAUCACAGUUUUCGGUAAGAGUGGAUUGACAAAGGAAGAAAUUGAACAUUUGGUAGACGAAAGCAAGCACACCGCAAAGCAAGAUCAGGAGAAACUGUCUAUUUUGAGGCAGGUGAACAAUCUCGAACUGGUUAUCUUCGAUACUGAACAGGCUUUGGAAGGGGUAAGCAGAUACGUUGAUGACGAAUCUAGAGACACCGUUCACCACAAACUCAAAGAGAUCAAGGCUGUCAUCAAGGAUUUCAGGAGUGGUGGGGUGCAAAAUCAACAAAUUAUAAAGAAGAUGCAAGAAGACCUACAAUCUGAAGCUCUCGAUGUCAUUCGCAAAGCAGUUGAAAGGAGUAUAAACAAAGUCGCCAGCUCCAAGGUUUCAAUGUAUAAUCAUCCAAAUUUAUCGACCUCUUCUACGGGUUCCUAUUCCAAACGGUUAUCUUCAAAUAAUCCGUUCAGAUCUGCGCUUCUUCUUGAAGAAACAAGAAUGGCAAGCGAAGAUUCUAACUACAAGCGUUGGUUGGAAAAACAUACUGAGGAAAAUGAUGAUUCAGACGAUGAGAACUACCCACCUCCACGAGUUAACGUGAAACCAAAGUUGUAUGCUACUAACUCCGAAUCGUCAAUGUAA